CUGCCCGGGACGGCGAGGGAAUUAACUCGCGAGGGGGGCUGUGUGCAGCGAGCGCUCGUGUGACAGCCCUCUCUCCCCUGGUUGCGUGAGGACACCCAAGAUGAGUGUGUCUGUCGCUCACCGGCGGUGUUCUUGCUCUGCUGUUCAAUACAUCCUUCCCCCGCAAACAAGUUUGCGCGUUGGGUUAAAAUGCAGUAUGUUUUUAAAAACAAUCGAUCUUGUUUUUAAACAGCUGCCUCUGCUGUUUGUUUUUUGUAUCUCAGCAUCUCUGUAUAGCUGGAGCUGUCAGCAUUUCUGUCCUAAACAUGUUCCCUUUCCCCAUCCUCUGCCAAGUCAUGGAGUGAUCCCUUUAGUUAAAGAGAAGAGCUGCAGCUUAGAGCUUUGCGAGAUCCUGGGGCCCAGGGCAUAGCUGUAUGGAGGUUCUCUUCAUAUAUGGAGUUGCAUUUCUGUUAAACCUCAGUGGAAGCAGACAGGGUGUUUGGUAUUGUCUGCUGUGUGGGAGUUGAAGGGCAAAGGGAGAAAUGUUACCUCAACUUUUCUGGUCACUUGGGAGAGGCUUUCUUGGCUUCUGCAGUGACCAUUAGGGCAGAGAGCACACCUUUAGCUACAGACUCUCUGACUGUGGAGGUGGUCCUCAGGAGCAAGCAGCCCAAUGCAGGCAUCUGUCUUUGCUUUUUUGUCUGAGUAAACGCCUUCCGCACCAAGGAGAGUCAGCCCUGGGACCUCAGCUCCGCUACAGCAAGGAAGGAAUGCAGCGGGCAGGGGGCUGCCCUGCUCUUUGAGAGUGGAUACACAUCCACUGAUGGACAAGGUGUUUGUGCCAACUUAGGAAAGUGCAGAAAUGGUGGCCCUGGUUUUAUGGGGUCUCUUUGUAAGGUGAGUCAGCUCUCUAUUACCUUAAAUGGCAGCUGUCCAAUGAAAGCCGUCUGGGGGCACUCACCAUUGCUGGAGACCAUGAGGAGGGAGAUGAGUUCAGGAGUGAUUCGACAACAUGUGGUUUUACGCGUACUUUCAAUUCUGACAGUCUGCAAGUGCACUAGACUGAUGUAGGUGACUUGUUGCAUCCUACGAUGGGGCACAGCUGAAGCGAGCCUCAGAGAGCUACCUCCUGUUUUCAGGACUGAUGGUCAUGAGGCAUGAGCUGCAUGUAAGGGUGGGGAGAGGGUUAAGGACCUUGCAAUAGACUUGUGAUGCUUGUGUGUCAAGCAAUCACCUCUGUGGGAUCUCUCCCCUCUGCACUCAAAGUUUCUCUCUUGGUCCAUGAGCAUCCAGUGGAGCUAUCUUUUUUAACAUAGCAGUGACUGAGACUCUUAGGGACCAUAGGUGCAAAGAUCUGAGUUUCCUUCCUGAGAACUGACUGAUUCAUGGAUUUGAGCAAAUAGCAUCUGAUUCAGACCAGGCUAGGAGCUGGCAAGGGUAGUAGUGGUCCACUCUCUUGGCUUGAUAGUCCAGGAUCUAAAUGGAGUUGCUCUGUAGCAUCUGUGGUAGCAAGGAUGGUCCCUUAUAUUUUCUACCAGUUAAGGUCAGCUUGGUGAGGGUGGUAAUGAAACCUCUGCUGUACCAGUCCAUCUGUUGGCCAUCCACCCUUGCUCUCAUCAGAAUCAGUCUGGAGUGGUGCAUGGAAAUUAAGGCAGGCCUGCUCUGUAUACUGGAGAUCUACUAGAGAGACUGUUCUGGAUUCAGGCUUGCUUUGGUGUGUUCAGGCUCAGCAACUCAGAAAUGGAGCAGCCACACUGAAGUCACAGUGCUGGUUCUGCAUUGUUUCAGGUCCUAGUAACUUGUCUCUGAACCUUUAGGUAAGCUGGUCUUGGUCAGUCAGAGAGUUCCCCCUUUCUGUUUGGCUUGUUAGAACUGGCUGCAAAUCCUACUGCCUUUUCUAAGGGAUGUGACUCCUCAUGGACAGGAGACAGAGCUUUUUCAGCUGAAAUUUGCAGGGUUUGGGACCCACUGCCUUUGGCAGGCCCCCAGCGUGCCAGCAAGCUCAAAGGCAUAGUGUCAUGUGCUCCUCAUAGCUUAGCUUUCAUGUAUGUGGCCCUUGCUGCCUGCAAGAUGAUGUGAGAAGACGCCCUUAAUUGUUUUCUGGCUUGAAAAUAAGCUCCACUGCUCCACAAAGUGAUGCAUUGAGCUUGUUCAGAAGAGGGAAUGCAGAUCUACUUACAUGGUCCUGUAUGUCUACAUUGCCAACCCCCAUGGUGACUGAGGCUGGUAGGAGGCUUUGUAAGCUGUCUGUAAACAUGCUGUGGGCCAUGCAGUCUCUGCUAAAGGGAUAAGGCCAGGAUGCAGCUGGUGAUCUGGCAUAUUACCUGUGCUUGGACUGGGCUGAACUCCUGCACUCUCCCUUGUUCUGCAGAAGACAACAUCCACUUAGCACAGGGUUCAGCUGGAUGAGCGUGGCCUUUGCCUUCAGUGGGCUUUAGCUGUGCAUGGUGAGGGACUGUAUAUAACUCACUGCAGAGAGUCCAGAGGCAUCUGUUUGCACCAGCUUCUCUUCUUUGGCCAGGAAAUGCUACUGAAUCCUUGCCCUGCCCAUGAAGGUGUGAAAGCUCUGUGCAGUUCAUGGUAAAUGAUCCAGGAGUCAUGGAAGGUUUCCAUGAUGGAUGGUCUGUUACAGUGUCCUGGGUAAAUGUUUUCUAGUUUUGGAGUGGCUUAGGUGAAGAGACCUGGCCUCUGGCCAGGCGUGGUUCAGUAUGAGAUGUGGCUGCCUAUCACAGGCUCACUAGGAGCCCAGUGCUGGCUGUUCUCCUUGUAUAGCUUGGUUCUGUUUUCCUGCAUCCCCAGGUUGCUUUCAUCACUCUCCAAUUCUGUUUUAGGCUGAAUGUCCUCUCUCUCACAAAAGGCUGCCUGGGAGGAAGCACUGUGCUGUGAACAGAGCCUCAGCUCUGAGCAGAGCACAGUUGCAGAGAGAAGAGAGGCUCUGAAAGCUCAGCAGGCCCUUGUGCAUUGCUCCCAUUAUCUCCUAGGAAAUAAGCACAAGCUGAGGACCUGUGGAUCUCUCUCACUUCUGAGUGACAGGGAAAAGAGGGCUCUAGAGGGCUCUCAGGAACACGACCUCCUGGUUCAUACAGUCAUUCAUAAACAGUGCUUUACAGAGCAUUGACAGCAGCAUUGUUCCCUGGCUUAACUGUCUGUAAAAGAUUCACUCACCCAGUUGCAGCCAGGAGACCAGAGUGCUUUUUCUUUUUUUCCCUACUCUACUGCUGUAGCCACUAGGCCACAUUGCCUUACUUCAUAUAGGCACCUUUCUCUUUAGAAGCCAAGUGAUAGGUCAUGUGGAGUCUCAUCGUAUUCAUCACUCUCUUCUGAUGUUAGGGCAUUGCUGAGUGGUAAUGACCCAUUCUGUACUGAUCCACUGCCAUCUAUUGCAAGACACCAUCACCCUGCACAACAGGCAAAUAAAAUGUACAAUCCUUGUUUGAGCGGCUGCUGACAAAGGAUUUUGCAGCUCCUGAACAAGUCUGAGAGCCAGGAAUAUUGAGUUCCUCUGAUACAGGCUACCUCCAAGUGACUUGAGCAUUCUAGUCCUUUCUCUGUUUACCUGUCUGAAAAAUGAAUUGAGGAUGGAGAUGUCUGUCACAGAGGAGGCUAGAGGGAGAUCAGGGCUACCAGUGAUGGAUAGUACAGCUGAAACUGCAAACUAUCACUCUUUACUGACUGCAGAGGAAACUUACUUGAUGCCUGUCUGUAGAGGUUUGACACUGCCUGUGCCAUAAAGUAGCACUGGACGUGACUAUCUCAAUUCCAGUGUCUGCAGGGGGACACUGGGAAGGGGUGUUAAGAUGUGACCCAUGUCUCUGGUCUCUGGCAGAGGCAAAGGGCUCCUUUUGAUCAGAUUUUGGUGUGCUUUGUGUUGAACUGUAGGAACUGCCCUCUGAUCCCGGUGCGGCUGAAGAACUGCACAUUUUGCUGAGUAUCUCAAGGCACCUUUACAGCCUAGGAAUUCAGCAGUCCCAAGCCUAUUCAGUGAUACUGAGAAGGGAGAGCCCACUGCCUGCCCACCCGUGGCCAUGGAAGGUGGUGUGCAGCUCCUCAACCGUGACGGCCACAGCAUUUCCCACAACUCCAAGCGGCACUACCAUGACGCCUUUGUGUGCAUGAACCGCAUGCGGCAGCGGGGGCUGCUCUGCGACAUCGUGCUCCACGUGGGUACCAAGGAGAUCAAGGCCCACAAGGUGGUGCUGGCGUCCUGCAGCCCGUACUUCCACGCCAUGUUCACAAAUGAGAUGAGUGAGAGCCGCCAGACCCAUGUGACGCUGCACGAUAUUGACCCACAGGCUUUGGAGCAGCUGGUGCAAUACGCUUACACAGCCGAGAUUGUGGUGGGCGAGGGGAAUGUGCAGACUCUCCUUCCUGCUGCCAGCCUGCUUCAGCUCAAUGGUGUGCGGGAUGCUUGCUGCAAGUUCCUACUCAGCCAGCUGGACCCAUCCAACUGCCUAGGCAUCCGGGGUUUUGCUGACACACACUCCUGCAGUGACCUCCUCAAGUCUGCACACAAGUAUGUCCUCCAACACUUCGUGGAGGUGUCCAAGACAGAGGAGUUCAUGUUGCUGCCUCUCAAACAGGUUCUGGACCUCAUUUCUAGUGACAGCCUCAAUGUGCCAUCAGAAGAAGAGGUGUAUCGGGCUGUGCUCAGCUGGGUCAAACAUGAUGUGGACAGCAGAAGGCAGCAUGUCCCCAGGCUCAUGAAGUGCGUGCGACUGCCCUUGCUGAGCCGGGACUUCCUCAUGAGCAACGUGGACACAGAGUUGCUGGUGCGGCACCACUCGGAGUGCAAGGACCUGUUGAUUGAAGCCCUCAAGUAUCACCUCAUGCCAGAGCAGAGAGGAGUCCUUAGCAACAGCAGGACGAGGCCACGGCGCUGCGAGGGAGCCAGCACCGUGCUCUUUGCUGUGGGUGGGGGGAGUCUGUUCGCCAUCCACGGGGACUGUGAGGCUUAUGACACGCGGACGGACCGGUGGCACAUGGUGGCCUCCAUGUCAACUCGCAGGGCCAGAGUGGGCGUUGCUGCCAUUGGGAACAAGCUGUAUGCCGUGGGCGGUUAUGAUGGGACAUCUGACUUAGCCACAGUGGAGUCGUAUGACCCUGUCACCAACUCCUGGCAGCCUGAGGUGUCCAUGGGCACCAGGAGGAGCUGCCUGGGUGUAGCAGCACUUCAUGGGCUCCUCUAUGCUGCUGGGGGGUAUGAUGGAGCCUCGUGCCUGAACAGUGCAGAGCGAUACGACCCUCUGACAGGCACUUGGACAUCCAUCGCUGCCAUGAGCACCAGGAGACGCUAUGUCCGUGUGGCAACGCUAGAUGGCAACCUCUAUGCUGUUGGGGGCUAUGACAGCUCAUCCCACUUAGCCACAGUAGAAAAGUAUGAGCCCCAGAUCAACACCUGGACACCCAUUGCCAACAUGCUGAGUCGCCGGAGCAGUGCAGGAGUGGCUGUGCUGGAGGGGAUGCUCUAUGUGGCUGGCGGCAAUGAUGGGACCAGCUGCCUUAACUCUGUUGAGCGCUACAACCCCAAAACCAACACAUGGGAGAGCGUGGCAUCCAUGAACAUCCGUAGGAGCACCCACGACCUGGUGGCCAUGGACGGGUGGCUGUACGCAGUGGGUGGCAAUGAUGGGAGCUCCAGCCUGAACUCCAUCGAGAAGUACAACCCCCGCACCAACAAAUGGGUGGCAGCCUCGUGCAUGUUCACGCGCCGGAGCAGCGUGGGGGUGGCUGUGCUGGAACUGCUCAACUUCCCUCCCCCUUCUUCGCCUACCCUAUCGGUGUCUUCGACGAGUCUUUGACAAAGAAUCAGGGCCUACCUUACCUCAAGGGGACAGGGGCGCUUGGCGGAGUUCCAGGCCAGCGUGGCCUGCCUCGCGGGGCAGCCGGUCACUGUAGGAGGGAAGCAAAGGUACUGGCUGCUGCCUCCAGCCCCAGCACUCCUGUGAGCCCCACGGGGCCAUCCCCGCUCUUGGUGCACACAUCGGUUCAGCACGACAACGGUGGUUAGAAAUGCGCUUCCUGUACGAGGGCCCUUCUCCCAGCCGAUGGGGAGAGGGAGUGCUCUCAGCUCCGUUUGGACUCAUCUCACCGCUCACCCAAAAGGUGUGUAUUUUCUUUGGGGAGGGGAAACUUUACCAUUGCUGCUUCUUGGAUUAGCGUUAUCCAGCCAAUGCCACACAUAUGAGCACAGCCAGCCUCGGAGACUUCCAGGAGUCCUGCAGGGUGGCCGAGGUGGAUGGCACCCCUCCUAAGGACAUGGCUGAAUGUACAACCGCUCCUCUGAAUGUCACUGUAGCCAAACUCUUUACCAAGUCUAUUGCUCACUGUUAAAGACUCUGAGACCACUGCAUAGUUCUCAAUGGUGUCUCAUUGAUGCCUUAAAAUAAACAAACAAAAGAAGCCCAACUAAGGGAUGGGGCCUGGAGGAGGCAAGAUAUGGAGAUAAAGCUGGAUGCCGCAUCCUGAACCUUCCAUUUCCAAAGUUGGCUGGUCCCAGCUCAUUCACUGAGAUCCCAACUGACCAUUGCUGGGGGGAGCGCCCAGUCAGGCAGAUGGGUUGAAUGAACUUAUUUGCAUCCACACCAUUGCUCUCCAAGGUUCAGCGACUGUGCGGCUGUUUGCUGUCUGCAUGUGGUUCUGGUUCACAGUUUGACUGGGAACAGAUCAGCCGUUUUGCUGUUUCCCUCUCUGCAAAGCAGAUUCUGGGCUUAUGAAGAGAUCUUGGUUCUUAAAGAACAGUCCAGCCUUGUAGAUGAGGAGGGUUUCCUGGCGUUAUUUGCUUUAUUUUAUUUGCUUUUUUAUUUGAAUGCAUUUUUUUUUAAAUUUUAUUGACUUAACAGCCCUUUAUUUUUACGCUCUCCUAGUAUUUCCUAUCCCAUCUGCACUUAAAGCAGCAAAAGGGUACAAAAUUUUUUUUAAUCGUCAGUGAGACGAUGGCUGUGUUCUGGAAGGCGUUCUCCAUAGAUGUGUGGGUGUGCGUGCAUGUGUGAGAUACUGUAUGUACAGUGAAAAGAGAAUGGAAGGGACCAUUUGCAAUUAGCAACUUCCUGGCAAUUAAGCAGCCACUUUAAUUAACUAAAGGUUGAAUAAAUUAGAGUUGUAAUCACAGGCCUGUGCUUCUAGACCCACCUGUGCCAUGGAACCUUUUGGGUGGUGGCUUUGGAUGUGUUUUUAACGCGUAUGCUGUAGAGCGUGUGAAUGUAUGUAUGAGCCUCGAACUAAGAGAUGUUAUCAGGUGUUCUCCACAUUAUAGAGGAAUGAGUCACCUCGACAGUGUUCAAAUUUGGCAUUGGAAAUAUGAUAUAACCGAAGACCUUUUUCUAAUUUAUUCCUUUAUCCUUUUCCCCCUACUUCUCCCCCUUUCCUACUUACAGUGCUUAGAUUUCACUUGUGAUGGUUUUUGUUGGCCUAAAUUUUUAAAAGUGAUUAGUGAUUUUUUUUCCCCUCUUUUUUGGAGGGGCAAAAGGAGAGUCGGAGGAGAGAUGGGGACUCCCCAACUUAAGAGAGUUUUUACUGCAAUCUAAUUUCUCCUGGACAGGUGCCCACCAUGUUUUAUAUGCCCGCUUACAGUGCCUGAAGUUGGACACCUGAAAUUACCAGCUGCUUCCGAAAAAUCUAGGCUGCUUCUCCCCAGCCUCUCUCCAAAGACACAGUCUGGACUUUCAGGCUGUGGAGAAUUUUUUUGGCUUUUAGAACAGACUUUAAAUCUGCUUUUAGUUCCCAUCUCAUUUGCCAAGCCUUUGACCCAGUCACAGCUCAGCAGCUCUUCCAUUUCUGUAUAUUGUAGAGGACACCCUGUAAAUGUCCAGACUCUGAUUAUGCAAGUUGCAUCUUGGUGAACAUGGCAGUAGGGCUGCCAUAAAUACAUCACAAAAAUCUGCUUGGUUCAAAGAAACUAUGAAAUUGCUGAAGUGUGCUCUGUUUCUGGUGUGCGUGCGUGUGUGCGUGCGUGUGCACAUGCUCGCACGCAUGAGAGAUGUCCAUCAUUUUCUUCCCAGGAUUUUAGUCUCCUGCUGGAUUGAUAUCAACCAGUACAUUCAAGGUGCCCCUGGCUCUAGGAUCUUCUUUGAAGGAGGAUCAGCCUAAAAGUCAUGGGCCUGUCAGCAGUGAACAGUGCUGGCUGCUGGGACUUGGCCUGACAUGCUGGGGCUUCUACUGAGGCCUCUGUGUAAGGCAAGGGGAUGGAAUAAGGACAGCAGAGACCAGGCACCCCACUGAAGACAGCACCAUGCAAUAAGGAGGGGCAAUGCAGGGGCCAGAAGGGAACUGUUGAGGAGAGAAACAGGACUGAGCUGAAACAAGGGAUGAGUUUUUGGAGCAGUGGCUCAACUUCUUACCAGCUGGUGCUACUGCUGCUGUGGCAUGAGCAGUGCUACUGCCUUAGAGGGCUGACAGGCAGGCAAAAGCAGAAGAGAAGAGAGCAGUGUAACUGGCUGAGGAGAACAUUUCUGCUGUGUCCCUUGGCCCCAGCUGUAAUCUUAGACAACUUUAUGAAUGGUGUGCAAUGCUGUUCUGCCUCUUGAGGGAGCAGGUAAACAGGCAGUGUGACUUCUGUUGCCCACUAGUUGGGUCCUGAGCAAUAUCCACCACUGAGCCUGUUCUGCAGAAGCCUGGGGAGGAGGGAUCCUUUUGUGGCUCUGAUGUACUAACUAUGCAGGUGCUUACUGCUUUCCUGUAAUGGAAAAAAAAAAAAAAAGGAAAGAAAAGGGGAAAUAGAUCCCCAGCAGCUUGUGGGGGUCCAGAGCACCCCAAACCACACUGUGUGGACACAAGGUGUCAGCAUCUGCCCUGGGAGGAGAUCCCAGGGAUGGAAUUGUUUCUGGUGCUGCAAAUCCCUUGCUGAGGCGGUGGCCUUGGAGAGGGGUGUGUGUCUGUGUGUGUCUGUGUGUGUAUAGUACCCUGUCUGAGGAGCGGAGGAGAACUGUCAACUGUCUGUGGUUUCUCAGCCGGUUUUAGUUAGUGGUGUCUUGCCCAAAAUACAACUUGUGCAAUUUUCUGUGUGAGCUGUUUCCAGCUGAGGAGCAUCCCUAAGCAGGUGAUGGCUCCAGGCUGUGUGUGUUGCCAUGUUUCACCCAGGGAUCCUGGUGUUCGUCUGCAGUGAGAUGGCAAGGCUAAGCAGGAGCUCUUGCCCUGUCCUGGGGGAAGAGAUUCACUUGGCCUUGCUGGUAGGCAGACCUGGUCUACUCCAUGUCAAACUGUCAUUGUUUUGAUUUCUCUGUAAGUUAUCUGACUUAUUUAUGUGGAACUCUGUUUCUCUGAAUUUUUUGCACUAUGUGGGAUUGGGGAGGGGAUACAAGCAAUACAAGCCAAUGUGUACAAUAAAGACAUUUUCUUGAAUCCCA